UUAUAAGCACAUUGGUGGCCUCUCAUGCGUGAGUUUGCGUGUUACUGUUUUUCUCAGUUGGGUAUCGAUAGGAAUCCGAGUUCGCAGCCAUGGCAAUCGAGGCAUGGUUCAUGGACAACACCGAGGAAGACAAAAGACUCCCUCAUCGUCCCAACCCCAACGAACUUGUUCCGCUCGACCAGUUGGCAGAAUUGGGAGUGCUGUACUGGCAUCUGAACCCAAAAGAUUAUGAGAACGAUGAAGAGCUUCGCAGCAUUAGAGAAGCCAGGGGUUACAAUUACAUGGAUCUGCUUGACAUAUGCCCAGAAAAGUUGGACAACUACAACGAGAAGCUGAAAAACUUCUAUACAGAACAUAUACAUGCCGAUGAAGAAAUUCGCUAUUGCUUGGAAGGAAGUGGUUACUUUGAUGUCAGAAACAAGGAUGACUGUUGGAUUCGAAUUUGGAUUAAGGCCGGUGAUCUUAUAAUUUUACCAGGAGGGAUUUACCACAGGUUCACCUUAGACACCAGCAACUACAUCAAGUUGAUGAGGCUGUUUAUAGGAGAGCCUGUGUGGACAGCGUAUAACAGGCCACAGGAUGAUCAUCCAGCUAGGAAGGACUACAUCAAGAGCUUGACUGAGAAAGCGGGAUUUCCAUUGGAAGCUCAUUGAGGCUCUUUCUUGACUGGUACUAAAUGAGUCUAUAUGUAUAUGUUGUGUACUUGUAAUUGAUCAAUGUAUUAGAAGUUUAAGAGCUGAUUUGCCAUGUGUACUAUAUCCAUUUAUAUGUA